AAAAAAGAUUCGACCUUUGAAAUUCCCAAAACCAGAAGCAAAACCCCCAAAAGAACCCUACUUAUAGUGAAAGAAAAGUAACAUAAUAAUAUAUAUACACGAGAACCAAGAGCCACUUGAAUAUAAAGUUCACAGUUUUUGUCUGCUCACCAAAUCAAACCAAUUUCUCCUGAUAGCCAAAGUUUUUGUCCCCAACAAGAAACUCAUGCAACAUUCUUCACCCACUAGCUAACUAACGACUUCCAUUCUUAUUAAUCUCUCUCAAUUCUUCAUUUCUGAGAUUCAUCGCUCUCUCUUCUCUUUGUCACAAUGAAUUUCAAUUCUUCUUACAAUCUCACUUUCAAUGACGUUUUCUUCUCUUCUUCUUCCUCCAGUGACCCUCUGGUUUCACGGAGGCUGUUUCUCUUGAGAGAUGUUCAGAUUCUUGAGCUCCUUAUUGCAAUUUUCGUCUUUGUCGCAAUACAUGCCUUGCGUCAGAAGAAAUACCAAGGUCUUCCCGUGUGGCCGUUUCUUGGGAUGCUUCCUUCUCUAGCUUUUGGCCUCAGAGGAAACAUAUACGAGUGGCUAUCCGAUGUUCUAUGUCUCCAGAACGGAACUUUCCAAUUCAGAGGUCCCUGGUUUAGCAGCCUCAACAGCACUAUCACUUGUGACCCAAGAAACGUUGAGCAUCUCCUUAAGAACCGGUUUUCUGUCUUCCCUAAAGGUUCUUACUUUCGAGACAAUCUCCGAGACCUCCUAGGAGAUGGAAUAUUCAACGCGGAUGAUGAAACUUGGCAGAGGCAGAGGAAAACAGCGAGCAUUGAGUUUCAUUCAGCCAAAUUCAGACAAUUAACCACUCAAUCUUUGUUUGAGCUCGUGCACAAGAGGCUCUUACCUGUUCUUGAGACAUCGGUUAAGAGCUCAUCUCCUAUCGAUCUACAAGACGUCUUGUUGAGGCUAACGUUUGAUAACGUAUGUAUGAUUGCUUUUGGAGUCGAUCCAGGAUGUCUCGGUCCAGAUCAACCAGUGAUUCCUUUUGCGAAAGCCUUUGAGGAUGCGACUGAAGCUGCGGUUGUGAGAUUCGUCAUGCCUACUUGCGUGUGGAAGUUCAUGAGGUAUCUUGAUAUAGGAACAGAGAAGAAGCUUAAGGAAUCAAUAAAGGGUGUGGAUGAUUUCGCUGAUGAAGUUAUCAGGACGAGGAAGAAAGAACUGUCUCUUGAGGGCGAAACUACAAAAAGAUCGGAUCUCUUAACUGUGUUUAUGGGUCUGAGAGAUGAGAAGGGAGAGAGUUUUUCAGACAAGUUUCUUCGUGAUAUCUGUGUGAACUUCAUACUUGCUGGGAGAGAUACUUCUUCUGUGGCUUUGAGCUGGUUUUUCUGGUUGCUAGAGAAGAACCCAGAGGUCGAAGAGAAGAUCAUGGUGGAGAUGUGUAAGAUUCUGAGGCAGAGAGAUGACCAUGGAAAUGCAGAGAAGAGUGAUUAUGAACCUGUGUUUGGACCAGAAGAGAUCAAGAAGAUGGAUUAUCUACAAGCUGCUUUGUCUGAAGCUCUUAGAUUGUAUCCUUCAGUUCCCGUGGAUCACAAAGAGGUUCAAGAAGACGACGUAUUUCCUGAUGGAACUAUGUUGAAGAAGGGAGACAAAGUUAUAUACGCGAUUUACGCAAUGGGUCGUAUGGAAGCUAUUUGGGGAAAAGACUGUCUUGAGUUUAGGCCAGAGAGGUGGCUAAGAGACGGACGGUUCAUGAGUGAGUCGGCCUACAAAUUCACAGCCUUUAACGGUGGUCCACGCCUUUGUCUUGGCAAAGAUUUUGCCUAUUAUCAGAUGAAAUCUACGGCGGCCGCAAUAGUUUAUCGGUACAAGGUGAAGGUGGUGAAUGGUCACAAGGUGGAGCCGAAGUUGGCACUCACAAUGUACAUGAAACAUGGUUUGAUGGUGAACUUGAUCAAUAGGAGUGUCUCCGAGAUAGAUCAAUACUAUGCCAAGUCUUUUGAUGAGGGUUAUAUUAAUUAGUGUUUUUAAUGUUUUGAAGAUUUGUUAAUUGAUUAAGUUAAUGGUCUAAGAAGAUUGUGUGCUUACUUUUAGUUGAUUUGAAUUUUUAAAGUAUGUUUUUUGUGUCCACUUUGUUAUUAGAUGAUGUGUACAGUCUAUGGGUUAUGUGUACGUGGAAAUGUGGAGGAAGUUGAAUGGGUUAUAUAUACUUAUAUGUGGACCGAUUAUGGGUUGUUGUUAGGAAAUUAGUUGGUGGGGCUUGUAAUUUGAUAAUAAAUUAAUUACUUGGAAUUUUAAUUUUAGUUUCUAUCAGUUUUGGUUAGCACUUUUGGAAUUCAAUUUGGAAACGAACUUUUUU